CUUCCGCAACUUUCCUCUCCGCCGUUCAGCGCCAUCGUCGAACCGCCGCCCGUCCUGUAGUCGUCCCCAGACUAGCCCCUCGCUCCCAUCCUUGCUACCGCACACCCCCGUCGUGCCUAAGCUUUUUUCAAAACAUGAAUUCACGCGGCUCCAUUUCGUUUCGUAACGGGAACACUUAUUCCUACGAGUUCCCAGAAUUCAAGAUCCGCAUUGAAAAACUGAGUCCUCACGUGGCACGUCUCUGGUUUGCAAACUUCCAAGGUCAACAGAUUCCAGUUCCGCCCAACACAUUUCUGCUCGAUGAGAAUAACGUGGCGCACAACGACUUUGGCGGUUCCUUCUUCAUCACCUGGAUUGGUUCUCAUACCAUUACCCGUAACGGCGUUGUUAUUUUCAAGACCAAUAAUAAAAAGCAAGUGUCGGUACACGCAUCAGCAGAGCACUGGGAGGUGCGUGACGUUAUGGGUGGGCUGAGAAGACGGGACGGACAACCUGUGAUUUUUGCACCAUUGCCCAACAUCAUACAGCAAGCUGUCCAGUUUCCUCAACUUGAUGAUGACGAUGAAGAAGACGAGGAGGAAUAGGGGACUGGUGGCUGGGAGAAGUAGUUAGCAUGAGUGUUUGUUUUAUUACAAACUCAGUUCAGGGGUGUGCGCUGCCAAUCUGCCCUACAUAAGGAGCUGACCAGCGACAUUCCCAUAUCAUUACCUGUGUAUUCUGUUCGGAACGCCAGAAACAGCUGGCAGCAAAGACGGUGCCAUCCCGCAGUGAUUCCACCCUCCGAAACCCCUCCUCCGGUAGGUUUGACAGAUUCAAAAUACAUAG